AACAGCUUGACUGUUGUCCAACCUACUUGCCUUGUCUCCCCCCUCUGAGUAUCUGAAGAGCUGCUUGACUCUGGAGUCUCCACCUCGGCCAUCAUGGAACAACAACCCCUACAACCGCAGCAGGGAGAUCUGAACUGGCGCCUGAGCGCCCAUCCGAUCACCUUGUUGUUCUUCCUGGGCUUCCGCAUUAGCGCCCUUUUGAUGUACCUCUUCGGCGUCCUCUUCAUCAAGAACUUUGUCUUGGUUUUCAUCCUUACGCUCCUCCUCCUCUCCGCGGAUUUCUACUACCUCAAAAACAUCGCCGGACGCCGACUUGUUGGACUGCGUUGGUGGAACGAGGUCAACACCUCGAGCGGCGACUCCCACUGGGUCUUCGAAUCCUCGGAUCCCACCACCCGUACGAUUGCCGCGACAGACAAACGGUUCUUCUGGCUCAGCUUGUACGUGACACCUGCGCUGUGGGUUGGUCUGGCCGUACUGGCUAUCGUUCGCUUGAGCAGCGUGAUCUGGUUGAGUCUGGUUGCCAUCGCUUUGGUCUUGACUAUCACGAACACGCUCGCUUUCUCCCGCUGUGAUCGCUUCAGCCAGGCGUCUACUUUCGCUAACAGCGCGCUUUCUGGGGGCAUCGUGAGUAACCUUGCGGGAGGACUGCUGGGCAGGCUCUUCAAGUAAUUUGGCGCGUUUCAUACUGGGUAUGAUUUUCGUCUGUCUUUUUGCAUUCCAUUGUUACUGGUCUCGACGUGUAUGCAAUUCUCAAUCCGCAGAUCAGAGUGUAGCAAGUUUCGAUAGUC